AUGGCGGUGACGUGCGACUGCCCGAUGUCGCAGCCGGGCCCCACGCUGGCGGCCACGUGCGGCGGCGGCGCCUUCAUGCUGUUCAUGGGCCUGCUGGAGGUGUUCCUGCGCUCCCAGUGCGACCUGGAGGACCCCUGUGGCAGGGCACAGUACCGGCGUCACAUGGACUCGGUGUACGACUUCAUCGUGGUGGGCGGCGGGUCGGCGGGCUCGGCGCUGGCGGCGCGGCUCAGCGAGGUGCCCGAGUGGCGGGUGCUGCUGCUGGAGGCGGGCUUCGAUGAGCCGACGGGCACGCAGGUGCCGUCCAUGUUCCUGAACUUCAUCGGGUCCAGCAUCGACUGGGGCUACACCACGGAGCCCGAGCCCGCCGCCUGCCUCGGGGAGAAGGGACGCAAGUGCUACUGGCCGAGGGGGAAGGUGCUGGGCGGCACAUCAGUAAUGAACGGCAUGAUGUACAUGCGCGGGUCCCGAGCUGACUUCGACUCGUGGGCGGCGGCCGGCAACGAGGGCUGGGCUUACCAGGACGUGCUGCCCUACUUCCUCAAGUCAGAGGACAACAAGCAGAUAGAGCAGAUGGACCAGGGCUACCACGCCACCGGGGGCCCGCUCACCAUCUCUCAGUUCCCCUACCACCCCCCGCUCAGCUACUCCAUCGUUAAGGCUGCUGAGGAAUUAGGCUACCCAACAAGAGACCUGAACGGCGAGACGCACACGGGGUUCACGAUCGCGCAGACCACGAACCGCAACGGCUCGCGGCUGUCGGUGGCGCGCGCCUUCCUGCGCCCCGCCAAGCACCGCGCCAACCUGCACAUCAUGCUCAAUGCCACGGUAACCCGCGUGCUGAUCAACCAGACGACGCGGCAGGCGUACGCCGUGGAGGUGCGCAACAGCUUCGGAGGCACCGAGACCAUCUUCGCCAAUAAUGAGAUCAUUCUAAGCGCUGGCGCGGUAGGCUCCCCACAAAUCCUGCAACUCAGCGGCGUGGGUUCCCCCGAAGUCUUGGCUCGGGCUGGAGUCCCUCUGGUCCACAAACUGCCGGCAGUGGGGCAGAACCUUCACAACCACGUGGCACAUUUCCUGGGCUUCACUAUGAACGACAACAACACCAGCCCGCUCAACUGGGCCACCGCCAUGGAGUACCUGCUGUUCCGGGACGGACUCAUGUCUGGCACAGGUAUAUCGGAAGUGACGGGUUUCAUCAACACCAAGUACUCGGACCCCGCGCUGGACAACCCCGACGUUCAGUUGUUCUUCGGCGGGUUCCUGGCCGACUGCGCCAAGACCGGCAUGGUGGGCGAGCGCCUCGACAACGGCUCCAGGUCCAUACAGAUCAUACCCACGGUGCUGCAUCCGAAGAGCCGUGGGCGGUUGGAGAUCGCGUCCGCUGACCCGUUUGAGUACCCGAAGAUUUAUGCCAACUACCUAACCCACCCAGACGACGUGAAAACCCUGAUCGAAGGCAUCAAGUUCGCUAUCCAGCUGUCGGAAACGAAAGCCCUGAAGAAGUACGGCAUCAAGCUGGACAAGACACCCGUGGCUGGCUGCGAGAAGAUCAAGUUCGGCUGCGACGCGUACUGGGAGUGUGCUGUGAGGAUGCAGACCGCGCCGGAGAACCACCAGGCGGGCUCGUGCAAGAUGGGGCCUAGGGGAGACCCUACCGCUGUGGUGGAUAAUCUAUUGCAGGUACAAGGGCUGGACCGGCUGCGCGUGGCGGACGCGAGCGUGAUGCCGGCGGUCACGUCGGGCAACACCAACGCGCCCACCAUCAUGAUCGCCGAGCGCGCCGCAGACUUCAUCAAGCAGCGGUGGCUGGGAGCUACUACUCCGCCCUACCCUCUCGGCAACGGCGGAGUAUCGAACGUGUUGCAGGCGGCGGACUCCACACAGUACAUGACCUGGCAGCGGUGGGCUUAAUGAGGCUUUAAAGUUUAAGUUCCAUUGUUCUAACAAAUUUUAACUGAAAUAGGUACCAUAUAAAUUUUAAAUCUCAUGUUA